CUGAUCAGGAGGAAAGGGUCAGAGCGGCUCCUCGACAACCAACGGCUGCACGCUUCCACGCUCCUCACCAGCCUCCAUUUCUAACGCUUGACUCGCACUCUCGUCGCAUGUUCCGUGGAUGAUUCCGCCUGACAGCUGUCUGAGUCGCGUCUACCGGGCAAGGUGUUUUAAUUACCGGGUCUCUAGAAGUAACGGACAGCGGAGAAGCUCGGCUAGCAGCGGCUAUAACGAGGCAAUAGCAGGCUAGCUAACGUUAGCCAGCGACCUGGCUAGCUGCACACGGGCUGAGCAUUGCUCGGUGGCGGCGGCGGGGCGGGGGGAGGCGGUGUGCCUAACAGUGCCGUUUGAUGGAUCCGAGAAUCGCCUGGUUUCAGCCAGAACAACGUGGACCAGCUAACAACCUGUGGAUGCAGAUUUGGGAGACGACACAGGGUCUCGGGUAUUUGCAUGUGAAUAACGGCUACAGCGCAGGAUCGCAGAGCACGUCGAACCUGAAAGCCACCGUGAACGGGGCGUCGGUGGCCGUCCUGACCGGCAGGAACGGGGCGAUCGACUCAACCGGGGACGCCAAGACUCAGGAGAUGUCGGCCACGAUGAGGGACGGGGACUUAAUAGAACAACGGGACUUUAUACCACUGGAAACCAAUAGUAACCACAACAACCGAGCCGGUGGCAGGGGCGGUGUCGGUGAAGGGGGGCAGCACCAGCAGGGCAGCGGGGUCGCUGUGCUGUGGAGGGGACUCACGGAUGGACAUCCCAACAAAAGGAAAAGAGACAACAAAGCUAGCACUUUUGGAUUCAAUUCCAGUUUCUCCAACACGGGAGCCUAUGACGGGUACACGGGCACGCCAUGGAAAGACAGAAACUACUCAGAAGGAAUCGUAGGGUUGCACGAGGAGAUCAAUGACUUCUACAAGUACAUCUCUCCAAGGCCAGAGGAAGAGAAGAUGAGGCUGGAGGUAGUGGACAGAAUAAAGGGAGUCAUCAAUGACCUGUGGCCCAGUGCUGAGGUCCAGGUGUUUGGGAGUUUCAGCACUGGUCUUUAUCUGCCAACAAGUGACAUUGACCUGGUAGUUUUUGGAAAAUGGGAGACGCUGCCGCUCUGGACGUUAGAAGAAGCUCUCCGGAAGAGAAACGUUGCUGAUGAGAAUUCCAUCAAAGUUUUGGACAAAGCCACGGUUCCCAUCAUCAAGCUGACGGACUCCUUCACCGAGGUCAAGGUGGACAUCAGCUUCAACGUGAAAAGUGGUGUCAAAGCCGCCCGGCUCAUCAAGGAAUUCAAAGAGAAAUACCCCGUGCUGCCUUACCUGGUCUUGGUGCUGAAGCAGUUCCUUUUGCAGCGGGACCUCAAUGAGGUUUUUACCGGUGGGAUCGGCUCCUACAGCCUCUUCCUCAUGGCUGUCAGCUUCCUGCAGCUGCACUACAGAGAGGACGUGUGCAGUCCCAACAUAAACAUCGGUGUUCUGCUCAUCGAAUUCUUCGAACUCUACGGUCGCCACUUCAACUACCUGAAGACGGGCAUCAGGAUAAAGGACGGCGGCUGCUACGUUGCCAAAGACGAAGUUCAGAAGACCAUGAUGGACGGCUACAGGCCCUCCAUGCUCUACAUCGAGGACCCACUUCAGCCAGACAACGACGUUGGCCGAAGCUCAUACGGCGCCAUGCAGGUGAAGCAGGCGUUCGACUACGCCUACGUGGUGCUCAACCACGCCGUGUCGCCCAUCGCCAAGUACUACCCCAACAAUGACACUGAGAGUAUACUUGGCCGAAUAAUCCGAGUAACUCAGGAGGUGGACGAGUACCGGGAAUGGAUCCGAAAGAACUGGGGGAGCCCAUCCCAGAACGAUCUGCCACUCAACAGAAACGACGUCACAUUAUUCGAGUCCCAGCAGCUGGACGCGUGCAACAACAACGUGGCGGACGACGACGACGACGUCGUGGUUCUGCCGUCGGCCCCCAACAGCAAAACCUCCUCCAACUCGUCCUCCCCGUCGCCGUCGCUACGCUCGUCUCCCUCCUCUUCACCGCUGUCUCCGUCUUCCACGUCCACGACGUCCACCUCCAGCGACGCGGACUCUGAUGGCACCCCGUGCAAAACGGCCAAACAGCAGACUGGUCGCGGUUCGAGUGCCCACAGAGAAAAGUCGACUGUGGUCAAUAAUCACCGAACACAGAACCACACUGCCAGCACUCCAUCUGGAAACAACAAAGGGGGAAAGGCCAGGAUGUCUCGUUCGCAUCACAAAAGCGGCCACCACGGGCAGCAGAACUCCUCCUCCAGCAGCAAAAGUCAUCCCAACAACAAACCACACCACCAGGGCAACAGCAAGAGGAGGAAAAAUGUGCGGGACUCGACACAAGAGGACCUGUGCAGAUAGGGCUCACUGGGCUCGGCGCCCGCCCCACCUUCACCCCCGUCCUCGUCUGCAACUGACUGUCUUGUCCCACUUCUGCUGCCAGACUCCAGCCUCCAGAGGUUGCUAGUAGUAUUUGGAGAAACCUUGAGUCGGUCUCUCCGACGGGCUUUUUUCUGUGUGACAAGCGACAAUUUCUAGCAGGAAAGAAAAACUAUCAAAAAAGAAAAACUGACAAAACAUAUAAAAAAAAAGGAAUUGUUAAUGGAAAUGGGUUUGAUUAUUUGGACCUGAACUGAAAUCACAAAAGAGUCAACAAAAAUGCUCAUUAGCUUCUCAACAGCUUCUUUUAGGGAGCUUUUUUUUUUUCCUUCCCACAGCCAGCACCUGCACAAUAUGCCUCUUGCGCCUCCUGCUGUAGAGGAAGAGACAGGACGGGUGUCUGGAAACUGACUCUGGCGCAAUACCUGGAACUGCUGGCUGGAAUAUAGGAACAACAAAAAAUUUUAUCAAGAAAAAAAAAAAAAAAGGAAGAAGAAAAAAAAAGCUGAUGGCUGAAAUGUACAAAUAUGAAAAACGAAAAAAAAGUUGAACAAAUGUGUACACAGAUUUUUUUUUUUUUUUUAAGACGGUCAUUUACAAAUGCAAUCAGUAAGAGUGGGACAUAACUUAUGCAUGAGGUUUUCUUCUUUCCGUUGGUUGAUUUAUUUUUUUCCCUCUGUUGGUUGAAUCUGUUUCAUUAUGUUUAAACAGGUUAUACAAAGAUUUGUAGAAAAAAAAACACAAACGAACAAAAAAAAAACAAAAAAACAAAACAGUUAAAACACAAGUAAAAUGACAUUGUUUCGUAUGACCUUUUUACAAGAUAUACCGAUUGAAGUCACGUAAACAUGCACAUCAUUGAGCCUGCUGCUUUUUUGAGCAGAGCUGAGAGCUGGGUCCCGUUUGCCAACAGAAAUCAUCAGCAUCUACUCUUACUCCUGGUUACUCUGUGAGUGCGCAACAGCGUUGACGUUUAAAGCCUCGAUGGAGCUGGCGCUCCACCUCGCAGCCCCGACGCGGGACUGAAGGAGCGCUCAUCCAGCUCAACAGUACAGCACAGUGUAGAGGCUUUUACGGCAACUGCUAGAGAGGAAUCAUAAUGGUUUUUAUUCAAAAGAGAAACAAAAUCCUACACUUGAAAUGUCAACAAUACAACUGUGGGCGAUAAUCUGCUUUUUUUUUUCUCUCUUUUCUUUUUUUUGGGAGGGGAGAGGAUAAUUUACCAACCACAAAAUCAUUUGUAUUUGUUAAAUGUAUUUAUUUUUUUAUUAAUUAUAUGAGCAUAGUAUGGAUGGAUAAAUGUAUUAUUAACAUUAGAGCCCAUAUCUUUGAAAUAGAAGAAUUUGCUGGGAGGUGCGGUAGGAACAGAUGUAUUCAGGUACAGUGAAAAAGAA